UUUUUUUUUUUUUUUUUUAAAUGUUCAUCUCCAUUUCUUGUUUCAGCAGCAGUAUGAAAACCAGCCAAUGAAAAUAUCUUCGUCCUUCUUCUCCUUCAAUGGCAGCAGCAGCAGCUCCAGACCCAACUCCAGAAAUCCUUCCAUGGCUGAAAUCCCUUCCUGUAGCCCCAGAAUACCACCCCACCCUGGCAGAAUUUCAAGACCCUAUCUCCUACAUUCUCAAGAUCGAGCCCGAAGCGUCCAAAUUCGGCAUCUGCAAGAUCGUGCCCCCACUCCCACCUCCGCCCAAGAAAACUGCAAUCUCCAACCUCAACCGCUCCUUCGCGGCCCGCCACCCCUGUAGCCAUCCCACAUUCAACACCCGCCAGCAGCAGAUCGGGUUCUGCCCCCGCAAGCCCCGCCCCGUGCAGAAGCCCGUCUGGCAGAGCGGCGAGACCUACACCCUGCAGCAGUUUGAGGCGAAGGCAAGGCAGUUUGAGCGGGUCCACCUGAAGAGGGGUGGGAAGCGGGCCCCAUCCGCACUGGAGAUCGAGAGCCUAUUCUGGAAGGCAUGCGCGGACAAGCCUUUCUCAGUGGAGUACGCGAAUGACAUGCCUGGGUCUGCUUUCGCAGCUGCCAGUGGGAAGAAGUGCGGGGAGACGGUGGGGGAGACCGCGUGGAAUAUGAGGGGGGCAUCAAGGGCAAAAGGGUCAUUGUUGAGGUUCAUGAAGGAGGAGAUACCAGGGGUGACAUCUCCAAUGGUGUAUGUUGCGAUGAUGUUUAGCUGGUUUGCAUGGCAUGUUGAGGACCAUGAUUUGCAUAGUUUGAAUUACUUGCAUAUGGGAGCAGGGAAGACGUGGUAUGGUGUGCCGAGGGAUGCUGCUGUCGCAUUUGAGGAGAUUGUCAGAGUACAUGGUUAUGGCGGUGAAGUCAAUCCCAUCGUUACUUUUGCUAUUCUUGGAGAAAAGACCACUGUCAUGUCCCCUGAAGUGCUCAUUGGUGCGGGAAUCCCUUGCUGCAGAUUGGUGCAAAAUGCUGGAGAAUUUGUAGUCACUUUCCCAAGAGCAUAUCAUUCCGGGUUCAGUCAUGGAUUUAAUUGUGGCGAGGCGGCAAAUAUUGCAACUCCUGAAUGGCUGAGAGUUGCCAAAGAAGCUGCAAUUCGUAGGGCUUCAAUUAAUUAUCCUCCUAUGGUGUCUCAUUUUCAACUGUUGUAUGCACUUGCUCUAUCAUUAUGUUCAAGGAUACCCAUGAGCAUCAGUAGUGAGCCACGGAGCUCCAGACUUAAAGAUAAGAAGAGAAGUGAAGGAGAGAUUAUGGUCAAAGAGCUAUUUGUGAAGAAUGUGAUACAAAAUAAUGAACUACUUCAUAUUCUUCUUGAGAAAGGAUCUUCUUGCAUCAUUCUUCCACAAAAUUCUUCCGAUGUUUCUUUGUCAUCAAAUGCUCGUGUUGGAUCUCAAAUAAAGGUAAAACCCAGGUUAUCACUUGGUUUAUGCAGUCCUGAGGAAGCCAUGGAAGCCUCGAAAAAUUUAUUUUCUGAAGAUAUCAUGCUAGACAUGAAUACAGAGCCAGGGCAUUUAAAUGGUUUUGGUUCAAUGAAGGGAAAGUCUGUUACAUUAUGCCAAGGAAGAAGGAUUCCCUCUGUAAAAUACAGCCAAUAUGGCACUGAUGAUUUGUACAGUUCUACUUCAGACUUGCAGAACAUGGACAGUGAGAAAGAAGGUACAUGCCAAGGUGAUGGAUUGUUAGGUCAAGCACUAUUCGCAUGUGUGACAUGUGGAAUAUUGAGCUUUGCAUGCGUGGCUGUUGUUCAACCCCGAGAAGCAGCAGCUAGAUACCUCAUGUCUGCUGACUGCAGUAUCUUUAGUGAUCAGAUCAUUGACACUGGAGUAACUACUGACUUGCAUGACAUUGCUAAUGGGAUCACGAACAAUUCCAAUCUGAAUACAUGUUCAGGGCGGAUGGAGAAGGAUGACAAGGGCGUCUUGUACGAUAUCUUGGUUCAGUCUGCUGACUAUCAAGUCCAACUUGUAGAUCAAAGGGCUGAACCGGCUUCGGAUACUAAAGUAAAAGCCGUUUCCUCUCUUGAUCUGUUAGCUUUUGCUUAUGGUGAUUCAUCAGACUCUGAGGAGGAAGCAGUUCGAUCUGAGAUAUCUGCAUUUGCUGAUGAAAACAAUUUGACAGACAUUUCAUUAGCAUCUAACCAUGAUGUGCAGUUGCAAUCUUCACAUACAAUUUUGUCAUCCAAAUACAGCAGUUUGAGCAAAGUUCAAACUGAGGAUACGGAACUUUUUGAAUGUUCCCUUCAGGAUAACAUGGGAAAUCCAAUAUCAGUGGAACCACACAGGUUAGCGGGUACAAAUAGAAACCUGAAAACACCAGUCAGCUUGCUUCCAUCCAUAGGAGUUUCAAACUCCCCAGAGGUAGGUGGCAAGGAAUUGGAUAGUAGCUGCGUCACAUGCAUUGGAACUUCGAAAGUACAUCAUUGUGAUUUCAAGAUGGACGAUCCAGAUUUUGAUUCCGCAGAUUUCUCCAUGCAUUGUGGUCCUGCCCGCUCCAUUUCAAAUAGGGCAGCAACUGGAAAGUUUGUUGAAACAGCCCAGUUCGGCAACAUUGAUACAGCAAAGAACCCACACAUACCAUUUACGCAGAGAUCUGACAAGGACUCUUCUAGAAUGCAUAUUUUUUGUCUUGAACAUGCUACGGAGGUAGAAAAGCAGCUUCGUCAAAUAGGUGGAGUGCAUAUGAUGCUUCUCUGUCAUCCGGACUAUCCCAAAGUAGAAGCACAAGCAAAAUCAUUGGCAGAUGAAUUGGGUAUUAAUCAUCUCUGGAAGGAUAUCUCGUUCAGGGAACCCAAUGAGGUUGAUAAGGAAAAUAUCCGGUUAGCAUUGGAAGAUGAGGAAGCGAUACCAGGUAAUGGGGAUUGGGCAGUUAAGCUGGGCAUCAAUCUCUACUACAGUGCGAGCCUCUGCAAAUCCCCUCUCUACAGCAAGCAGAUGCCAUACAAUUCAGUCUUAUACAAGGCGUUUGGUCGCAGUACACCUGACAACUCCCCAACAAAACCUAAGGUUUUUGAGAGGAGGCUCAGCAGGCAGAAGAAAAUAGUCGUCGCGGGCAAAUGGUGCGGCAAGGUCUGGAUGUCAAACCAGGUUCAUCCCUAUCUUGCUCAGAGAGAAACUGAAAAAGAAGAGCAUGUAAAAGAAUUCUGCAAUCAAGGUGUGGAUUGGAAGCUGGAGGCAUGUUCAGACACUGGCAUAAAAGAAUUAUGCAACCAAGGUGUGGAUCAGAAGCAUGAGUCAGAUUCGGACAGUGGUGAGGCUGAGCAAGAGACUGUUUGUGGAAGGAACCUGCUCCCAUGCAAAGUAACUGCUGCUAUCACAAGAAAAUCUGGAAAGAGGAGGGGAAGGCCGUUUGAAAGGGUGGAUACUAAGAAACCCAAGUGUCUUUUCCAAUUGGAAGACGAUGUUGAGAUUGCAGAAGAUUUACCUGAGAAUCCCUCACUGCAAUGUGAAAGGAUUCUUCGAAGCGGGAGGAUGAAAUGCGGGUCCCCACCCCUGCAUAAUGGUCGUGAGAGGAACAGCGGCCAGGGUAGUCUGAAUCUGAAAGACGAGACUGAAGGAGGUCCUAGUACCCGCCUUCGAACAAGGCCUCCAAAGCCCAAAGAAGGGAGAGUGAAAGUCAAUAUGGAGGUUGUUAGAGUCAAACCAGUUGGCGAGAGGCCAAUUGGGAAGAAAGCUAAGAAGACCACAGGUAAUGCUGACUUAGUAGUGAAGGAUGAUGAAGCGGAAUAUCAGUGUGAUGUUGAGGGGUGCUUGAUGGGCUUUAGCACGAAGCAAGAUCUGGCAUUGCACAAGCGCAAUAUCUGCCCUGUCAAGGGGUGCGGAAAGAAGUUCUUCUCUCACAAGUAUCUGGUGCAGCACCGGCGGGUCCAUAUGGACGACCGCCCUCUCAAGUGCCCAUGGAAAGGGUGCAGGAUGACGUUCAAGUGGGCAUGGGCUAGGACAGAGCACAUCAGGGUGCACACAGGGGCUCGCCCAUAUAUGUGCCGGGAGGCAGGUUGUGGUCAGACAUUCCGGUUCGUGUCGGAUUUCAGCCGUCACAAGCGGAAGACGGGCCAUUCAGUGAAGAAGAAGGGGAGAGGAUGACGACAAUUUCAGCCAGGAUGCAAUUUAAUUUAAUUUUUGUAUUCUGACCGGAGGGGGUUGUAAAGUAAUUGGCUGAUGAAUUGUCAUUGAUAAGAGGGGAGUAGGAUAGGUCAAGGAUUCUGUAAUUUUUUCUCUUCUUUCCUUUCCUUAUAAGAACUAAUGUUUUUGCCUGGGCUUUUAUUAAGCCCACCCAAUUACUUAGAAUCACAGCAAUCGCUGGGAACGAUCCAGCAUCUUCAAA